GAUACUCUUGUACUUGUUUCGGUCCGGCGAACGUAUAUAAAUAGCGCACGGACCACCGCGUCCGAAUCUUCUCAACUUCCACCACUUUGAUUUUUUCCCCAAAACACAAAAGCUAUGCCUCGCGGGAAAGGAAAAUCAGUCGAUUUUGACCUACAAGACGACGAGCUUCCAUUCUUGGGGUCGCAAGACAGUAAUGGGAGUAAUGGGAGUGAGGAUAACGCUUUUCAAUUAGCGUUUGCAGAACAAUAUAUAGCAACUCGAGAAAAGAAGAAGAAAGAGCAACAACGCAAGUUCCUUGCAGGUGCAAAGAAGCUGGUGUCAAAGGAGAUCAAAAGCUCAGCUGAAGUCAUCACAGAAGCGGCUCGAUCUGUAGAGGAACUCUUUCAAGCCUUCACGAUCAACUACGCUACUGAAGAAGACUGUAUUAGAAAUUUAUGGCUGGCGAUAGUAGAAGAAGAACGGAAAUUACAGAAUUUAUCGAAACGGUUCCACUCUGCCGUCAUUAAGGAAGGAGAAGAAUGUGAAGCCGAACAGAUCAAGGGAAUGGGGAAAGCACAGGAAGCGGUUCUGGAAACGCAACGAGUUAUCGAUUAUAUUUACUCGAAGAAAGACUAAUAACUCUGGGAUCGUGAAAGCAAGUUUGGGGUUGAUCAGUCAUGCUGCUGUAUCGUCUUCUCAUCUUGGUCCGCCUCUUUCUGCCUGUUGGCGAUCAACCACUUCCCUGUUGAUCUGCAACAUUCCUUGUAGCCUCCUUGCGCUAUCGAUAUCCCUCUUUGUCUGAUUCUUCUACUUGCUGGCCUCAACUUGCGCCGUAUCAUAUCAAGUUGCUGUAAUUACUCUAUCAAGUAAACAAAAGAGUCUAA